AUGUCGAAAAGGAGGUCGUCCAUUGAAGGUGAUAUUGAUAAUAAAGUUCUUGACAGUAGUUUGUCAGCUGAAAGUAGUGAUGAAACAGAGAAACUUAUCGUGGAUUUGAAUUCUGCCUCUGAGCUCAAAAUUUCGCCCUAUAAUUCUCGAGUAAAUGCAAAAGCAAUCAAUGCUAAGUGCAAGGUAUCUCAAUCAGAAAUGGUAAAUCUGAAUCACGAUCUAAACGGAAAUACAGAAAAGGUUCCCAAAACAUUUCAAAGUAAAAAGAAACAAACAUCUACUGAAAGUGAUUCAGAUUUUGCAUCCAAACUGCAAUACUGUGUGGAUAUGCUCAGUGAUAGUGACCCAAAUGAAACUCUUGAAACAUCAACCAAUAGAGUUCAGAAAGUGAAUGACAUGGAGCCUUGUGUUUUAAAACAUGUGAAAGACCCAAAUGAAAGAGAACUGAUGUCACCUCCUAAAUCUGUGCCCAAAAAGAAAAAGUGUGAAAACAAAAAUCUUUUAGAUUCUGAGUCUCAGAAGAGUGCUAAUAGAAGUCCUAAUGUAUCUGAGAAUGUGGCACCAGACUCAGUGUCAAAUAUUUUGACAGACAGUGACCUGAAUUUAGUACAAACUCAAUCUGUUGUUAACAGAAUUUUGGAUCUGAGCAAGUCUGUAGCUUUGAAUGUACAAACUCAAAAUGUUACUCAUAGAUCCCCAGUUGAAAACAAUUAUGAAGAACCUAAACAUAACACAAUAUCAUAUUUUACAUGGAAAAUUCCCCAACAAUUAACAUUUUCAGACAAAAAUCUACUUUCCUGUAAGUAUCAGGAACAAACCAGAGUUUUUGGUAUUCAAGAUGUGCCGUUAUCUGAUCCCAGAACAAAGAUUACUAGAGACAAUAUCUCUGAUACGAAUAUUGCUCCCAAAACUCCGAAAUUGGUUCCUUAUACUAGGGUGAAUGAAGCAGCUGCUAUAGACUUAAUGUUAAAGGAUCGAAAUAAAAAAGUCAAUAAAUCAGCAUCAUUUGGAGAAACACACAAAGAUCACAAGAAGAAAACAAGUUCUAAAAGUAAAGAUAGUGAAAAAGAGUCAGGAACCAUGGCUGACAUAACAGACAAUGAUGGGGUGAAAAUAAGAUUAGAUUUACCUCACAAAAGGCAAGAAAGAGAAACUGCAGUGAAGACAUCUAGAUCUGAUAUAGCUUCUAAAGACACCAAACAACAAAAAACAAUCAUUAGCAAGAAUGAAGACAGAGAAAUGCAAUGUACCAGUACUGAUAUGAAAAAGACCACCAAGAAAACGUCAACAAAGAAACUUUCAUCAUUAAAAAGUAAUAAGGGUGAAAAAAGUGUAAGUAAGACAAAGCCAUUGACACAAAAAUCAGCAAAAUCAAAAGAAAAAUCUGCCAUUAGUAAUGAUUUGAGACAUGAGUUUGUUACUGAGAAUAUAACCAAUAAAGAAUUAGAGCAUUCUGAGAGAAAAUCUGAUACUGUUGAAACUGACUCACUACCAUCACCAAGAUCACAUCUACCAUUAGUUGAUACUUCAGUUGUCAAAGAUGAAUCACAUUCUAUUGAAUUGACUACUCUUGAAUCAGUAACAAAACCAAAUGAGAGCAGUGGAAUUUCAAACCAAUUCCAGUCAACAGAAGCCAUUGAAGUAAAAUCAGAACCUAAUUCUGAACCAGCUCCACCCACAUCUUCAGGACUAAAUGCCUUUUCAGGUAUGUUCAUGACCAACCUCGCUGGCUCCAGUAAUGAAACAGAGUUCCUCAAGAGACUGAAAAAGAUGGAAGAAGAAAUCCAGAUGAUGAAGUCAGCAGCCAUACAAUCACUUCAAUCUAAAGUAAUAUUUAAAACUGAAAACGUAUUCACAAGCCAGGAGUCUGACGGUCAACAAAUAUUGGAAGCAGGUACAAAUGACAAUCCAAUAAUCAUUCCAUCAUCAAGUGAUGUUGCAACAGACAUAUCCCGAGCCCUAGUAAAUGAAUCUAAGAGCACUUUCAGUGAAUCUGGGAAUGUUGUAGGCAAUCAAUCUGAUAAUAGACCUGACAAAUCUCAAUCAACAAAUAAAUCUUCUGAGAAUGUUUCAAAGGAUGUUGACUGCCCACUGAGUCCACUUAGUCCAGUAAAAACCUCCAAUAUAGGUAAAAGUGUAUCAAAAACUGUUCCAAUACGAGGAGAUGCCGACAGUUCCUCUGUACAUAGUGCUUUACAAACCUGUAAUAGCAAAAAUAUGACCAAAGUAUCAAUGAACACUACCGAGGACUCAAAUAGCUCCAAUAACUCCAGCUUUUCAGUUCAUUCCACCGAUUCCUCUGUGUCAUCUAGCUAUAACACAAACAAUGUCCGUAACUCUUUUACUAAACACGAGACUCUGGUUUCAUGUAAUAUUUCGGAUACUGACGAAACCUUGUCAGAAUCUUCUGAAGAUGAUAUGGACAUAGAGACUGAUCUUCACUAUGACAAUAACAUGGACAUAAAUCAAAAUGCUACAGAAGUGUUAAAAACAGAUUUAGAUAUGUCAUCUGAUUCAGAAGAUGCCAGUAAACAUCAUUCAAACAUUCUACCUCAAAAUGUUCAAACGCCAAACCACGUGGUAAAAAAUAUGAAAACGCCAAUGAAACAAGACAUACGUUCCCCUUGGAACAGAAUAAGUCCUGUUCCGAAGUUUGUUUCCCCAGAAAAUGUAAACUGUGAUAGUAAGUUAUUAGCACUUGUCAAUUUGGCCACUCUUGAUCUCCAUUUGUCUGGUCAUGAUGUUCCUUUUGAAAAUAAGGCGCUAUCAUCCAAGAAUGAGAACAACAGUAAUGCUUCGCCAGAGGUCUUGUCAUCCACACCAUGUUUUAGGAAAACUAGGUCACACGGAAAAUCUUUUAAAACCUGUCUACCCGAGUUAAAAAGUAAUGACGUUAUUGACUCAAAUAUGGUGAAAUUUGAUAACCGCCUGAAAAAUAACGAAUCCAACAGCUCUUUUCUGACACCAGUUAACAGUCCUUCCAUAGAAAAGCGUGACACCUCAAAGGCAUCGUUGACCGAAAGUCCCAUUCCCAUGGCCAGCUCUGACACACCUACCAGUCCCGAAUUUGAAAUAGAAAAGUCAAUAAUCACAGAUGGAUUGAAAACACACUCAGAUCAACCACCAGCAGAGAUACAAUUACCGCAGGAAGUGAAGAGGAGUCCUAAUAUAGAAGACUUUAAAAUCUUCCAAUCAGUAGAAAACGACACCGUUGAGGAUACUCCAGAACCUAUUUCCGAGAAAGAAGACGGAGAAAUUACCCAAGAUAGUUUAAUUGUUAAUGACAAUCAGAAACAGUUAUCCGUCAAUACCGAUUCUGUUUAUUUUGUUAUUGAUACAAAGGUGGAUGAAAAUGAUGAGUUAUUUAAAUGUUCGGACGCUGAAAACUCUCUUUCAGAAAAACCAUCUAAAAGAUUAGUGACUCCAAAGAAAAAACAAAUGUGCUCAGUUAAAACGAGAUCUUCGCCUAGAAUACGUACUAAUACUUUACACGAUAGAUUGGGCGUACGUGAUAGAACUGAAAGACGUGCGUCUGAUGCUAACAAUAAAAGAAAAAAAAGACGCUCACCUUCACCAAGACUCCCGCGCUCUAAUGGGCGGCGUAGACUUUAUGAUAAUGAUAAUAUUAAAAGUGACCACAAAUCUGAUUCCAAACCUAUGAGGAAACCGCUUACAGACUCUCCCAGAGAUCGUGAUAGAGACAAUGAACGGUUAAGACAUAAAGAUGAACCAAGGUGGCGAAAUUCAAGAGAUCGGUCAAAUCGAGAUCGAAACAGAUCUGGGAACUGUCGUAGUCGAUCUUGAUUUAAUCCUUUCAAUUGGCCACAUCAUAUCAUUUUAUUAAACGCCCACAUGAAAUUCCAACAUCUUCAUGGAAGGUCUAUCUCCCACAACCUUUGAAAAGUGAAUAUAAUUUGGUCCAUUUUGACAAAUAGCUCUAAAUGGAGGUGUAAUAGUGGUUGCGAACUAUUUUCCCAGAGGUCCAAAUGCUACUUCUAUACCUCAUCCGCCAACUCUGGUCGCCACUAGUUACUGUUCUUAUUUGAAAACAUAGCUGACAGGGGAGGGGGGUUAUCUUGUUCAAUUUAAAUUGGAUAUAUUUAUAAAAUACUAAAGGUAUAUUUGUCUAAUAUUUCACGCUCCUAUUAAUUUACUUCUUUGAAUGUCAUGUCCUUUUCUCAAAAUUUAAAAAUUGUAACUAUGUUGUAGUAAAGCAAUAUUGAUAUUAGUCGGCAAGGAUUUAACAGAACUCUAUUACACAAAAUCUAUACAGUGUGCAUAAGAAUUGUCUUCCGGAUGUUGUAGGAAGUUAUUUGUUUAGGCUGUCGUUUCAUAAAAAAAAUAGAAGAUGUUCGUUUGAUUAUUUCGGAGCAGUAUCCCCGUAAGAAAUGUGGCCAUUAUAUUGUCUUCACACAUGUCUAUUAGUCCGUCCAUCCGCCCGCCAGUCACAUACAUUCUGAUUUUGACACAACUUUGCUUUAUUGACAAUGUCUAAGCCUAUGUGGCGAUGGUUAAAUAAUUUGAGAGUCGCAUUUUGAAAAUAUUAAAGCUAGCAUGGAAUUAACUGAUUUGUGGGUAUAAAGCCUUUCGAGCUACCAGUCGUUAUCAUAUUUUCUUGAUGAAACGAGUUCCAUAU